AUGACUCCAUGCUUUGCAGAAUGGAGAAAGUGCUCCGGAUUCUGUAAUAUCCUGAUUGGUAGAAAUUUGCCUCAACGAUCUAGCGGCAAUAAUAUAAAAGAGACAAGUGAACUAAUUGAAUUCGAAGGGAUAGUGAAUCCUAUCUAUUCAAUUGAUAUGAACGAGGAAUUUAGUACUGAUAUACCUUACAUAGAUGGAGGAAGGAUAAAUGUAUUGAGAUAUCUUAAUGAAGGACAGUUUGGAGAAGUUUCACUCGGCACAGUUGAUAAUCUAACUAAAGAAGCCCCAGUUACAUAUGUAGCGAUUAAGUGUUUGAAAAAGAACAAUUCUAGCAACAGCAGAGAAUUUCAAAGGGAAGUUGAGCUGCAUGCUGAUUUACGGCAUGCCAAUAUUGUCGAAUUUUUGGGCAUUUCACAAAAAGACGAAAAAUUCAUAAUGAUAUUUGAGUACAUGGAAUUCGGGGAUUUGAAUAAAUUUUUGAGAGACCGAGAUCCAAAAUUCCCAAGGCCUCAAUCCGUUUUUGAAGAUCAACCGUACCCAGUACUGACUAUAACAGAUCUUAUCAGCAUUUCCAGCCAAAUCGCCGCCGGGCUGAAUUUUCUUUCGCAUCGUCACAUAGUUCAUAGAGAUCUUGCCACUAGGAAUUGUUUGGCUGGAACAAACAUGAAAAUAAAAAUAGCCGAUUUUGGAAUGGCCAGGCUUGUGGGUACUACAAUAUUUGAAAAAGAAGUUUCUGAGUAUGAUAUGUUACCAGUUCGUUGGAUGUCACCAGAAAGUAUUUGGUAUGCGAAAUUUAACACACAAUCAGAUGUGUGGAGUUUUGGAGUUGUCUUGUGGGAAAUAUUUUCCUUUGGGCAGCUUCCAUGGCAUACAUUAUCCAAUAAGGUGGCUGCUUUAAUGGAUGAAACUUUUUGGGAACAAUCAUGUGAUUUUGGAUUCGAAAAUUAUGCCAAAUUUGUUUUCCUUGAGGUUAAAAAUACUCGAAAUAUCGUGCAUCAUGGUGCAUGA